GAACAGUAACUGAGAAGAAAGGAUAUUAAUAGAGUAACUUCUCUAAUAACAGAUUAUCAUGAAACUCAUCCUUAAAGAAUGUUUUGAUCAAAAAGAAAAUUAGAAAGCCCAUCUGGCAUUUGCCAUGGUCCAAUAAAGAAAGGUACCAGCAUGUUGUUCAGUCAAAUGAGACCUCAAACAUCACAGUUGGUGGAGCUCCAUGUUUUUUAUGUCCCAGCAGAAGUGUGGAACUUCAAGCUGAAUACAGUUCCUGUAGCUCUUACUAGCAAAUUUGUCUCAGCUGGAUUUAUAAGGGUGUCUCCUCACAUCACAUUAAGAGUGCUGCGGGAGAAGCUUGGAGAAUACCUGGGUGGAGUUACAGUUGCAGAUAAAUUCAAAUUUUUAAAAUGCAUUGGGAAAAAACUAGCAGUGGUGAAAGCAAAGCAAGAAACAGAGCUGGAACUGAAGUCAUUUGCUCCUCCUUAUGCACUUUAUCCUGAAUUAUAUUUAUUACCUGGAGUGGAAUACUUUGAAGAUGUUUAUCCAUUAUCAACUCAACCAAGACAUCACUUCAAUGCAGAAGCUAAAAGGUUUGUUCAUGGAUCAAGAUUACCCAGUCUUCCCCAGCAAAAACCUGAAAAAAGCAAACCAUUUUUAGAAAACAUACAAAGUAAGCAUCAACUAGAAAAUCUGGAAGUGCACAGUCCCGUGGAAUGGGGUGAGAAAGAACCUGUUCCAGUUUUGCACACAAACCAUAAGCAAGACCAUAACAACAGGAUUCAAGAAGAACAGAUACAGUUUAGAGAAAAAGAUCAAAAUGGAUCUGAUGGAUCUCUCUUCACACCAAGUCAUCCAAAUCCUGCAGAUUGGGAAUCUGGAAAGUGUGACAUGAUAUUACAGAGCUCUGAGCAGAAUCAUCUCAGCCAAGAUCAAAAAGACCGUAAUACUCCUAAGUGGAAUGACAAAGCCAAAGGAACUGCUUUUACUCUUCACAUAAACCACAGUGAUGAACAAGGCCAGGAUAACCAAGCACCCCGAAAUCACAUUAAAUAUCAACAAGCAUUAACAAACAUGGAAAAUAAUGAGCACCAGAAAGAGACAAAAUUAAGAAGAGACAGAACACAGGAUGCUGAAAUUCUUAAAAUAAUGGAAAGACAAACUACAGAAUAUGUGCACAAAAAACAAAGCUUGCAGCAAUACAGUACUAGGAAGACUAUAGGUGAUCUUAGUGAAAAACUGGAUAAUCAGGCAGAUGAAAGCAAGCAAAAUCAUCUUACUUGUCCAAAAGAAUACAUUUCACCUCCUAGUCCACCUUUACUUUCUGUAAAUCCAGCUCAAGUUCCUGUACUUCAGGCAGCAAAAAACAAGAUGGCAGAACAAUUGCAACAAAUGAAGAAAGACAGAAGGCAUAUGGAAAAAACUAGAGAAGAACUGAUCAAAAAAGCUAAAGGACUACUGGAACAAAAUAAGCUGAGAAGAUACCAUGUUCGUGAGGAAUGGAAAAAGAAGUACUUUGAAACUAAGAAAGCUACAGUUUCACUGGAGGACACUUUAAACAAAUUACGACAAGAUUUAGAGGUUUACCACCAGAAAUUGCUCUUGCAAUUGGAAGCCAGAGAUAGCCAAAACCGACCAAACAAUACAACAAACUCCAAGAAUUACACAAUCAUCCGGAUUACUACAGUGCAGCAUGAACUCGAUCACCUGCAGAGGAAGCUAGAUGAUACAAAAAUGAAACUCAUAAAAGAAAUUAAGCUGAGAAAGCAGGCAGCAUAUGAUUUACGGGCACUGAGAGCGGAACUGACACAGAAGAAGAUUCAUUCUGCUUUAAUUCUCCAGUACAGAAAAUCAGGAAUUUAAGAAGAUGACAUGACUUUAACAUCUCUCAAGUCCACAAAAGCUCUUUAAUAUAUAUAGAAGCUGAGAAUUCGUUUAUAUGUUCUUGAAGUUAUCUUGUAAAAAGACAUCAGCUGUAUAAAUGUUGUGGAAUUUGUAUACUAGGCUACUGAGGUACCGCAGCUCACUUUGUUUUAAAUCUUUCUCUUACUGUAAGAUUAAUCAGCUGCUUACACAUACAGUUUAAGCUAGUAAUGUGUCUAAAACUAAGCUGUUAUAUUUAAAAGUGCAAAUUAGUGAACUGUAUAACAUCACAGUGGUACGCUGAUGUUCUUUGAUUAACAAAAUAGCUACUAAGCAAAUAGACCUAUAAUCCAUAACCUUCUGUUCUUAUUUGCAGGCAUGCACAUUACAUUUUUGGAAAAUUAUUAAAAUACAAGUUCUGUAGAAAAACAGCAACAGUAAUCCUUUAUUUAGCUAUUUACUGAAGUUAUUUUUGUCAUUUUAAGCAUGCCUAUCUAUAAACUACCAAUGUAUUACUACUAUUUUAUUAUGAAAUAUAAUCUCAGUUUAUUUCAUA